AUGCAUAAAAGAGUCCCAAAAAAUAAAAACUCUAUCGUUCUGUGCCUGGACGUGUGGCUCUUCUCAACUGGUCGACUGCUGACCUAUACCUCUAGGGCGAGAGGCACAUAUGGAGGGUGGUCUGAGUCUGCUUCGCAACGCCCGACCUUCCCUCUCCUCCGCUUCCUCCAAUAUUCAACCGAUACGGCAUAGUAUCAAGGCGGAAGUCCAAGAAAUCCGGGUUUGCACGAACCGGACAUGUCGCAGGCAAGGUUCCUUGCAGAUCUUACAAACUCUCUCCGCUCUGGCUCCUCCCAACGUCUCCGUCAAUUCCUGCGGCUGCCUCGGCCGCUGUGGCGCCGGCCCCAACCUCGCCGCCCUCCCGGAAGACGGCGGCGGGGUCAUUCUAGUCGGCCACUGUGGUACCCCGUCCCGAGCGGCCCAGGUCUUGGUGGGAUUAUUAUCUUGCGGUCUUGAUUCGGACGACGCUGCUGCCAAGACUGGCUUGGAAGCGCUUGCGCUGAGGAAGAGAGCGGAGAACGAGUCGGAUAUGGGAAAUUUGUCCCUGGCAGAGCAACUGCUCUCGCAGGCUAUACAAUUAAAACCGUUUGGUGGCAUCCAUGUUUUAUAUAAAGACAGGUCUAUUGCACGGUUGGCAUUGGGAAAUUAUGCUGGGGCUCUUGGAGAUGCCAGAGAAGCUUUGAGACUUGCUCCACGGUACCCCGAGGCUUAUAUCUGCCAAGGCGAUGCUUUCUUGGCUAUGGACCAAUUUGAUUCAGCUGAGAAGUCAUAUUUAAUGUCUUUGCAGAUAGAUCCUUCACUUCGCCGUUCAAAAUCAUUUAAGGCUCGGAUUGCUAAGCUUGAGGAGAAACUUGCUGCUACUGAUAUGCCUUGAGAACUUUAAUGUGACUGAAGUCACUGUUGAAUCAAUGAAAAUAAUAACAUAAGAAGUUAAGGUUCUGCUUUCCAGAAUGCAUAGAACUUCUGUAGCCUGGGCUUAUGUGAUGGAAAGGGUCACACCUGGUACAAGAAAUCUUUGGGAGCAGGCUUGUGUAUUUUAAAAACUGUUAUUUUUUUAAGUUUUAUAUGGUUAGGAAUGCUCAUUGGCGAAUCAAGUAUUACAAAAUGUGGUUAGGAAUGCUUUUAAUGUCUUUUAGUUUUAAUUGUACAGAAAUUCUAUGUAAGAACUUGGGUACUUUUAUGAUUUCAUUCUUUCCAGAUGUUUUUAUAAUAAAUUCAUGACUUGAUGAUGUGGAUAGUGAAAAACAACUAAUGGCAUUGUCAGGGAGUCGGGAUUGGUUUGGUCAGGGAGUAGGGUGAUUAUAACAUGCAGAAAUAGUCAUCUAUUGAUAAUACAUAAGGUGAAUGAUAUCUAGGAGGUUGAGUUGCUUCCAACCGCCAAUGCUUUGCAACUCUUUAGUAUGGUGGAUUGAAGACCGACAAACUAAAGUGUUACUUUGGAGUCGCAAAGUAUCGACGGUUUGAAACAGCUCAACGUCAUAGAUAUCAUUCACUUUAUGUGUUAUCAACAUAUGACUAUCUCUGCAUGUUAUAAUCACUCUACUUCCUGGACCAAACCAAUCCCGAGUCCCUGAUAAGCCAUUAGUUGUUUCUCACUAUCCACAUCAUCGAGUCAUGAAUUUACUAUAAAAACAUCUGGGAAGUAUGAAACCAUAAAGUACCCAAGUUCUUGCACAGAAUUUCUGUAUAAUUAAAGCUAAAGGGCAUUAAAAGCAUUCCUAAACAUAUUUUGUAAUAUUUGAUUUGCCAAUUAGCAUUCCUAACCAUAUAUAAAACUUACAAAAAUAACAAAGUUUUAGGUGAGUUUAUUUUAUAAGUUUCAUACUUGGUACCAGUACCAUUCUAAUAAGAAAGGUCACUCAUUCACGCUUGGGUCCAA